GCCUGCUCCGCCGGGCGCGCAGCGGGGAGAGCGCGUGGGCAGCGGCGGCGCCGGGAGCACUCGGGGCACCUCCCGCCUCGGUUGGCGGCGGCAGCGGCUGUGGCGGGGCUGCCCGGAAAACUUCUCUCGAGGGGUUUGUGCCGUUUCCAGUUAAGCCAGGGAAGAGAAUGUUUUGACCUCGAAUCCUGUGUUCAUUUCUGGGCCCCUCGCUCCAAGAAGGAUGUUGAGGCUCUGGAACGUGUCCAGAGAAGAGCAACGAAACUGACUUGAUAUUUGCAAGUUCCCUGACUUGACAGUAAUCAUCAUGGAUAGUGUGUUCUUAACAGAGGACAAAGCAAAUUCUAUAUUAAAAAGAUAUCCGAGAGCCAACACAUUUUGGGAAGAAUUAAAGCAAGGUGACAUAGAACAUGAAUGCAGAGAAGAAAUCUGUAGCUAUGAAGAAGCAAGAGAAGCAUUUGAAAAUGAGGAAAGAACGAAAGAGUUCUGGAAAGUCUACAAAAAUGGACUUCAGGGAGAAAGUAACACAGGACAUACCUGGUAUUCAUUUUACCUUGCGUUUCCAUUAAUCAUUGGCCUUUUUGUUAUCCUCAUUGUCAUUUUUGUCAUAUGGAGAUGCCUAUUUAAAAAGAAAAUGCGUAGACAGUCGGUGUACGUGCAUAGGGGAGCCCACGAAGCAAUGGGUGAUGGUGCUGUGGCUGAUGGCAGAGGUCCUCUUCCGCCGCCUCUCAGCAUUGUUCAUUCCCCACAGGAGGAAAUGUUUGAAGUCAGUGGGCUCUCUCCAGGAGGUCUGAGCUUUACAGAUGGACGGUCAGAUUCAAUAUCCACAAGGCUUUCAAACUGUGAUCCUCCUCCUUCAUAUGAGGAAGCCACUGGUGAAAUCAGUGUGAGAAGCGGUGAAACUGAACAGCAUUUAGAUCCACCCCCGCAAUACGAAGACAUUGUGAAUUCCAGUUCAGCCAAUGCAAUUGCCCUGUCUCCUAUUGUCACCAGUACCAAGUAAAGCAAGAAGAAUGCUAUGGACUUUUUAAAAAUUAUUAAUCAUUUUGUAGCACUUUAUCGUGGCUUAUUAUGCAUUUCUGUAAUUUAAUGGACAUGUACAAUGAUCUUCACUUUUGGUUUAGAUUUACUUGUUCUUUGGGUUUGGGUUUUUUUUUCCCUACAGCAGGUCUUAAAAGAUAGGGAAUCUGUAUUGAGAGUGUAGUGCAGGUACAAAUGUGGUGCUCUGUCAUACUUCUCCAAAGUACCUCCACUUUGAGGGAUAUCACUCAUUUUAUUCUGGAUGUUGUCCACGUUUCUUGCAAGAUUUGUGGACUCCCCUUCCCCUUUCUUACUACAGACUGUCAGAAUUGCCUGAAGUACGGAAUCCUUAACACUUCAGAUAGUUAUUUACACUAAAGGGGGUUGAUUUUGCAGUAUUGCCUCUUGUCUGAUUGAUUCCGUCUUCUCACUUGGAUUUUGUUACAUGCUGCACUAUAUCCGGGGCCCUUCCAAGGCUGGGUGCAGUAUGCCCUUUGUGUUCAAACCGGUAUCUCGUUAGAGUAUGCUGGCUUAAUAGCAAUAAUUUCAGAGUCCUAGCAGAAGAGAUGUAUUUUAAAGCUUUUGCUAUUACAACUCAAAAUUCUGUAAAUGUUUAGAAGCUAACAACUUGUGACACUAAUUAGUGAAUUCAAAUGUACUUUUUUUGUGUGUUCUGCCUUUCCUCUCUGUUUUCCUAUCUAUUUUUACUUCUGUAUUCUGAAGGUGAGAAGUGUGCACGUGUUAACUUCAUGAACUUGAAAGUUCAUGCAACAGUAAAUAUUGAAAUACUCAAGAGUAGAUAAAGUCCCGAUCAGAGUCUUCGUACCAUAGUUUUCAUUGGGACUGGGGUAUCAUCCAUAAACACAUAAACCCAAAGGUAUUAAUUUCCUUUCUAAAAGGGAAAACCAAGGAAAGUGUUCAGUAUGUGUGACUUUUUUUCACCCCCAACUAUGAAAUAAAAUCCCUUCCCUCAAAUCCAGAUAUUCUUUCGCUUCUUGCAUACUUACAUGUCCUGUAUGUGCACCUUGUAUUGGGGGCUGUGGAAAUCCUCUGCAGAGAAUAUAGAUACCAUUUUUCAACAAUGAAUGUUUAUUACUUAUCCAUCAUGACAAAGUGUUUAAGUUGCAAAAGUUAACAAUAUGUUAUAAUGAAACACAACUACUUAUAUUUUUCAUUGUUUCUAAGAACAGUAGUGGAUUCUCGGUAUACACAAGCCUGUUUUUUCACAACUCUUAGAUUAGAGGUGCUCAUCAGAGUAAGAGGUGCUGGGGAGCACAUCAGCCCAGGCUGGCUCUAGAAAUUGUGUGGCCACCCUGGCUCUGCUCUCUCCAGUUAUGAGCU